UGACUCUAAGCUUUUUUUCUCUCUUUACUUCAUGACUUUCUCUCCCUGACCCCUUUCUCACAUUCCAUUCUUCCUGUUUGACCUCAUCCCCUCUCUGUCUUCUUCUGUCCCCCUAUCCCUCUUCCACGCCAUCACGGAAAAGUUUGGAACCCCAAGUCGUCAUACUUUCCCCGCCUUUGCAAUCCCAAUGUGCUCGACUUGAUCCGACCCUUUCCAACACACAGAGUCGAUCGCGCAGUCGCCCAGCGCCUCUAAGCAUGUCAAUUCUCUGGACACAGGCAAAUCUGCCUGCUGAAGAACCGAUCCCGUUGACUCCGCGCGAAGCCGCAUCAGGACUCCUGGGUUCGGUAUCACUGACCUGCUGGAUUUUUCUCCUGGUCCCCCAAGUAAUCGAAAACUACCGCAACGGCAACGCAGACGCCAUCUCCCUCCUCUUCAUCUUCGUCUGGCUCAUCGGCGACAUCACCAACCUAAUCGGCGGUCUCUGGGCGGGCCUCGUCCCCGUCAUCGUCGCCAUCGCCGUCUACUUCUGCAUCGCCGACGGCGUCCUCAUCACCCAAUGCCUCUACUACAAGGCCAAGACCGCCCGUCUGCACAAAGCCCUCCGAGACAGCCGGCGUCGCUCAUCAACCGACACCCCCCUCCCGACCACGCCCCUGCUGGGCCGCCGCUUCAGCGACGAGUUCCCCGAGGGGGCCGCCCCGUCCCGCCGGGCGCUGGCGUCGUCGCAGCAUCAGCAUCAGCAGGACCAGCCGGAGGAUACGCUCGCCAAGAUCGUGGAGGAGGGCGAGAUUGGGCGACGCGCUUGGUUUAAGAAUCUGAGCAGCGUGCUGGCUAUCUUCGUUAUCGGCAUGGCGGGGUGGACGGUCGCGUGGCAGUCGGGGGUGUGGCGGCCUGUGCGACAGGACCAUCAUGGGGGGGUGGACAUGGCGAAGGGGGCGCAGGUGGUGGGCUAUUUCAGUGCGGUUUGCUAUCUGGGGGCACGUCUCCCGCAGAUCUACAAGAAUUACACCGACAAGUCAUGCGAGGGACUCUCAUUGCUUUUUUUCAUCCUCUCCCUGAUGGGGAACCUGACCUACGGAGCUGGGAUCCUCUCCCAUUCCACGGAACGAGACUACGUCGUGACCAAUCUGCCGUGGCUGAUCGGGUCGCUGGGCACGAUGGUUGAAGAUGUGGUGAUUUUCGUGCAGUUUCGGCUCUACGCGGUGCGUGAGUCGGAUGUAUGAUUACGAUUUUCUUUUUCGUCAUUAUCUUUGCUCCUGUUAUAUUAGUGCGUGAUUGUUGGCGGUGAUAUUGUGUUGUACUGUGCUUUGUACACCUAGUGUCGGAAAAGUUUGGUGUUUCAAAAGUUGGUUGGCGUUAAUUGAAUGAGUUAUGAAUGCUAUGUCGGGCGUUGCUGUAUCGUUGUGAACCCUCCUAC